AUGAGGCUCAAUAGUAAAGACAGAUUGGAAUACCUUGUUCAAUGUAUUGGCAAUCAAAAAUUUAUCGGUACAGAGUUCACCGGAUGGAGAACGCAAUGUGUUGAUAUGAUUAUUGACAGGAAUUCUAAUUCAUCAAUAAAGUUUACUGUUCAGGAAAUAGAAUCUUUAAAAAAGCAGUUAAAUGCAUUUGAACUUAAGUUAAAAAAAAAAGAACUCAAGACAAUAUAUUUAGUAACUCCAACAUACCAUCGAUUGACACAACAAGCUGAUUUAGUUAGAAUGUCAAAUACUUUAAAGUUGGUUGAGUCUAUACAUUGGAUAGUUAUAGAGGAUAGUAACAAAAAAACAGACUUGGUGAAAAAUAUUCUUGAAGAUUCAAGUAUAAAAUAUACACAGCUUUAUGUUUCUACUUCAAAUGACCUAGUCAGAUUAAAUAGUGAUCCACGCUGGAAAAAACAUAGGGGUGUUGAUCAGCGUAAUCUAGGUUUGAAGUGGUUACGUGAAAACAUAACAGGUCAAAUAAAUGAUGGAGUUGUUUACUUUGCUGACGAUGAUAACACUUAUCAUGAAAAGUUAUUUAUGGAAUGUCAUACUUAA